AACCCAGGAGAAAGGCAGGAGAAAGGCAGGAGAAAGGCAGGCAGCACACAGGAGGAUCUCCAGCCCUCUAAUUCGGGGUUUUUAUUUAUUUGUGCACCGCGUCAUCAGACAAUAGAAUUAACAGAAAUAAACAUAAAUUAUCCGACCUGCAGUUACACACUGAUCUCGGUACUGUGCGCGAGACUGAGAUUUUAUUCCGUCUUUCUUCAUUAAUAAAAAAGCAGAGGAGGAAAAAAGGAAGCACAACGUUCUGAGAUGUCGGAGGCUCUGACACAACAGGAGAAACUACAGGCCAUCGCUGAGAAGAGGAAGAAGCAGGCUGAAAUAGAGAAUAAGAGGAGACAGCUGGAGGAUGAACGCAGACAACUACAACACUUAAAGUCGAAGGCUCUAAGGGAGCGGUGGUUGUUGGAUGGUGCGCCCUCUAGCGGAGAAAAUGAGUUUCAGAGACAGCUGCAGGAAGACGAGGCUAAAACCAGGGGACUGGAGCAGAGUGUUCUCAGGUUGGAGCAGGAGAUCGAGGAGCUCGAGACUGGAGUCCCUGAGUCUAAAUCCACCGGAGACGUAAACACAUCUGAUGGCCCCGGGAAAGUGGAGAACGGCGUCCCUAAAACCAGACAGGUGACAGGCAUCGAGGCGAAGCUGGAAUGCACAAAUUUAGAUGCAAAAGCCAUUGAGAACGCGAGUGCGGACCACCCGGUCACCAUGGUGUUCAUGGGCUACAAAAACGUAGAGGAUGAGGACGAGACCAAGAAAGUGCUGGGCAUCGAGGAUGCUGUGAAGGCUGAGUUCGUUGUCAUUGAGGACAGCGAAAACAAAGUGGCGACAGAGGAUGGAAAGAAUGAAGAGAAAGCUCCCUUGAACGGUGCCCCUUCCAGUCCAGAGGACAAGAAACAGGACGAGGCCACAAACGGAGACGAGUCGAAACAGGACGAGGUCAAGAAAGAAAAGCAGCCUUGCAAGUGCUGCACUGUCAUGUGAGCAUGGGGGGCCAAAACUUUUACUCAAAAUAAAUACUAAAUAUUACAAAAAAAAAUACAAAAUCCAGAGAGGAGCUGCUGACAAUGCAGUAAUUCAUAUAAAUAUUGGAAAAAAUUACAAUGAACAUGAAAAACAUAUCAUUAACCCUAUCGCUAUUUUUUCCGACGAGUUUUGUUAGCAUUAGUGAUGACGUCACUAAUGACAUCACUGCUGACAUCAUUAUUAAAGUUAUCAUUAAUAACUUUAAUAUUAUUUUAAUAUUACAUUACUUUAGAUUACUUUAAUCAUUAUUAGCAAUGUUGAUAGUGCUAACUCAGAUGGUCUUGUGUUAGCAUCUAUAAUAUUCCAUAACACAUAGAACCAUAGCAUAAUUAUUUUUACACUAACUUAAAUCUUUUAUAUGAAUAACACAGAAGUGUGUUAAACAUAGAGAUGUAGAUUCAUCUGAAACAUCAAAAUGAGAAAGAACAGACACAGAAUGGCUAAAGUUACUAUCUAAUUUCACUUAGCAUCAGUGUGACCACAUGUCUUAUGAAUGCGAUAAUGCUAACAUUUUUAUCCUAAUGAUAACAUUACUGGCAUCACUGUAACUGCCACAGCACCACACACUCUAUCUUUUAUGUCAUAUAUUAUCUUUUAUAUGGACAUUGUAAAGGUGCAGUAGCCAUGGAAACGAUACAGACCCAUCAAGAACAUUAACAUUUACCCCAAAUGUGUUGGACAAAUACUAAAGAAAAGAUUCUGAAUGACUAAAAUUAGACUAAAAUACAUUAAGCAUUAACCAGUAAUUCAGUUGUUAAUGACAAGCAUGAAGUCAGGAGAAUUAUAAAUACCACAAAAGUAGGUUAUUUGGUUGGCUAGAAUUUACGUAAUAACGUCCGUGAUUAAUGAGAUAAUGAUUAUAAUAAUUUAUUUAUGUAUAUAUAUAUAAUAUAUAUUAGCAAUAUUAACAUUAGAUAAUAAUGUUAGCAUUGUGAUUUUUUUCACUUGAUGUUAUUACUGCAGUGUGGCUGCACUUCCUCUGUGUGUUUGUAUUUAUAUACAUGUAAUGUAUUUGUAGGUAUGUUGUUCAGUUUGUACUUCUUUUUUAUUUCUAUUGAUAUUUUUCUAUAUUUCUGUCUUGACAUUUCUAAAUAUAUUAUAAAUAUAAACUUAUAUUUUCAUUAUGUAAUCUUAUGUGCUUAUGGAGGGACAGAAGGGUGGAGUUUGGAAUCAUUUCACUUAUUUUAUUUUUAAACAUGAAUAUUAAUUACAUCUCAAUAUGAAUAUUUCUCACUCUUAGUGUUUCUAAUCUAUAAUUUUAUUAUCUAUAAGAUCUGAAUAUUAUAUUACAGAAUUAUUAUGUUUUUAUUAUGUAUGUAUCCUGUGUGUUAUUUCAUGUUUUUUCAUCUCAGACCACUGUGAGGAUGUAGAACACACACACACACACACAAACACAUACACACAUACACACACACAUAAUUACACACACACAUACACACACAUAUUCACACACACAAACACUUACACACACAUACUCACACACACAAACACACACGUACACAUGCACAUACAUACACAUACACACACACAAACAUAUACACACAUACACAUACUUACACACAUACACAUACAUAAACAAACACACACAUACACAUACUCACACACGUGCACAUACAUACACACACACGUGCACACAAACAUAUACACACACAUACACAUACUCACACACACGCACACACACACACAACACAAAUGUGAUGCAUUGUUAAUUAUGGGUAAUGACACAUACAUCAAAUAAAGUAUCUCUAAAUAAAAAUUCUGUUUUCACAAUAAAACACUGUUUUCUCCCGUGUCUAAAACCACAACCCCUAUUCACUAUGUAGUGUACAUAAACACCGUCAUCAGUCCACUGUGGGUGUGUCCCAAACUCUUCCCAUCAGGACUGGUUUUAGUUCUAAAGUUGGAACUGGACUUCCGUUCGUGUCACUGUGAUGUUUUUGGUUCUGUUUGUGUGAAAUAUGGAACCUUGUCGUUUGUUCUCACUGUUUCCUGCUGUGGUCAAAGUGCUUGAUUCAGGAAAAAACACAAAUAAAGACUGUUGUGUUAUGA